AUGGCCGGCAGCGACACCGAUCCAGGGCUAGACGAAGAUCCAAUCAUCCCGAACAACGGGCUGAAAACAAACGUCACAGUGUGGUGCCUUUUUCUCCUGGCUACCGCUUUCCUCUUGCUUCGGCUGUACAGCAAAGGCCGCCGACCACGCCGGGGAUUUUGGUGGGACGACUACGUCCUGGGGGUAGCAUGGGCCUGCCAGCUGGCCUCGGUGGUGCAGAUUAGCGUCAUCAUAGCCGACGGGUUUGGUCUGCCCGGGAGAUACAUCGACGCGGAGCAUAGCUACCGAGUCGGCCUCGGCAGCCUGGUCGCUGGCACGAUGCUGAUACUCGCCACCACGGGAAGCAAGACCUCCUUCGUCCUCACCCUCGUGCGCAUCUCGACCGGGCCACCGCUUACCGUCGCGCUGUGCGUUGCGGCUGCCUCGAUGAACCUUCUUCACCUUGCCACCAUCGUGAUACAGUGGGCGCAGUGCAAGCCGCUCGAGAAGGCCUGGCGCCCCGUCCUGUCGGGCAGUUGCCUGCCGUCCGCUGUCAAUAUUGAUAUGGCCAUGGCCAGCACCGGUAGCCGAGUGCGGGACAGCAUAUUCUGGCGUCGUUGACCUCUCGCUUGCUAUUGCAUCAUGGUUCAUCGUCGGCAAUCUCCAGAUCAGAAGGGACGAGCGUAUUGGCAUUUCUUUUGUCAUGAGCAUGGGUAUAUUGUACGACUCUUCCCUUUGCAUUCUUCUCUGCUUUGUUGCAACUUGCAAGCAGGCCGAGUGA